AUGAUUCAUAAUAAUCAAGUCAAUUGGAUUGGUUCAACUCAAAUUUACAUGCAUGAGUUAAGAAAAGAAUUCAAUGUUUCAAAUACAAGUCCAAUUCGAUCGGCCACUGUUUUCAUUUCGGGUAUUGGUUAUUAUGAAAUGUAUUUGAAUGCUGAUAACAUUGAUCUUAGUCGAAAAUUGGAUCCUGGAUGGACCACUUAUCAAAAACGAACAUUCUUCGUUUCUUAUGAUGUGACCUCCAAGAUCAAAGUCGGUAUGAAUGCUGUCGGUGUAAAAUUAGGCAAUGGUCCAUCACGUCUGAUGUUUGUUUUACAUGUUAUUUUCGAAGACACUGAUCAAAUGAACGUUUACAGUGAUCAAACAUGGAAAGGUCGACAAGGAUCGAUUAUUCAUGAUAGUGUUUAUAAUGGUGAAAUAGUUGAUGCUCGUUAUGAUCAUGUUAACUGGGCACAAGUAGGAUUCAAUGAUUCAUUAUCUCUGUGGAUCACACCAGAAAUCCUUUCAUCACCGGUGAAUAUUGCCACCAAUGGUCAACUGACUCUUCAAGACAUGCCACUGAUUCGAGCGGGACUCGAUGCUCUGCGUUUCGAAGUGGAACAUGGUGUUGAUGAGAAAAAAAGCUAUUUAUCGAAGGAAGAGAUCGGAAAUAUUUUUGGUGCCUCGUUGAAAGACGGAAGAGUCUUGAAACCGAUCAGUGUCUCAACACCUUUUUUCAAUGUUCAUACAUUCGAUAUGGAACAAAAUAUGGUCGGUUGGUGUCGAUUCAAAUUUCGUGGGCCACGUGGUGUCAGUAUUUACAUUCGCCAUGCUGCAGUCUUGUCUCAGCCGGUUGUCUCCACAGGCUAUGAUAAUGGUCAUCAUGAUCUUGCUAUGGAAUUGAUUACAUCGAUCAAUUACCCAUCAUAUGGUUUCAUGUUUAACACUCCGUAUGAAAAUCCCACAACUCUCUGGGAAUUAUGGAAUGCACCAUUCGGAGAUCUGAGCAUGGACUCUCGUCAUCAUCAUAUGUUUGCAAGUGUCGGUGCUUGGUUCUAUUCGCAUUUAGCCGGUAUUGAUCUUCAAUCGGAGUUGAUUGUUAUUCGUCCUCGGAUGGUCUCUGAAGAAAAGGAACAUCUUCUAAGUAAAAUUGAUUCUCAAUUGAGUACAUUGUAUGGCUUAGUCGAUGUUUCUUACACUCAUGAUGAACGUGAUACAUUUGCUAACUUCAUUUUACUUCGAAUUACCAUUCCAACCAACGCUGAAGCGAAAGUAGUUUUUGAACCAUUAUUUCCCGGUGCCAAAUGUGUGACUGCCACCGAAGGUCGUGGAACAGUUGUUGAGUUUGAAAGACCACCUACAUGUCGAUUUACAAUUAGUCAAGUCAAUCAUUUUAUUGAAUAUAUAUUAUCACCUCAUAUAAUAACUGAUCUUUCUUUUGGAAAUAAAAAACUCACGAUGAGUAGUGGUGAAACCAUUGAAAUACCAAACCAUAUUCGAAAUAUUAUACCGUCAAGAAUAAUAAUGCAAUAUCAUCAGUUUUGCAAUGAAACUUGCUUAGCCAACUUCAAACCAUUAUCCAGGAGUGUUUUGUACGAGAUAUUAGAUGGGUGUCCAGCAUUAACAAGGAAGAGUUUGGAAGGUCUUGACUAUUUUGCAGCUGAUGGAUCAAAGGCUUUUGACAACUUAUUAAAGAUUACUGAUGAAUUAUUAAUGAUCGGUAAAUAG